AUGUUACCAGUAGCACCACAUAUGCACUCAAAUUAUGGCGGUUUUCAUCAGCACUUUGGCACUGCAGGAGGGUAUCCGCCUCAUGCUAUCAGAUAUCAUCCAGAAUUAUUUUCUCCGACAACAUUUCCUCCGCCUCCGCCACCAGCUUAUAAAUCAGAAAUUCACGAAUCUCAUCCUAAUCCACCCCUAAUGAAUCACAAUCAAUUAACAACACUCCCUUCCGUAAGUCCAGUUCCAGUGUCAUCGCAGCCGUCUCUUAGUCCAAUUACAUCUCUUAAUGGUGGAAAUAACGGUAAUGACUAUCACAUGUCGCAUCAUAUGCAACAUCAUCAGAAUAACACUCCUAGUGCUGCGUAUCAUCACUCGCCACCUCUCGAGCACGCUCAGCAGCCAAAUCAGGAUGUGUCGAACUAUAGUAAUAGCGUUGCGUCUGUUAGCAUGCCAUCUCCACCGGCCAGCAUCCCAUCUAGUUCUUCUAAUUUGCGAUAUGAGAUAAUUCUCGAGGCUCCCACCGCGGCGGCCCAACGCAUUGAUGAGACACCUAUGACUUAUCUUAAUAAAGGUCAAUAUUAUGGUAUAAUCUUACAGGAUCAAGAGAGAUUUGAUGGAGAAUUAACUAGCACCGUCAAGGUUAUGUUCCACGAUGAUGCACACCGAAAAAUGGCGUCAACCUACUGGAGCUUUUGGCUAACACAACAAGCAUCACCCAAGACUGCUCGAGCUAUCGAUAUUGAUAAAGCCGCGUCCACUGGAAUUAACAAUGUGGAGACAAAGACCUUUGAUCGCGUACAAUUUCGAUGGCAUGGAAAGAAGGGAGCAAAGAUCUUUAUUCGCUUCAAUUGUCUUUCAACUGAUUUUUCGAGAAUAAAGGGUGUGAAAGGCAUCCCUCUAAGGAUUCACGUGGAAACCAAGUAUGAAAAUGGCACCAACAGUACCAAUAUUGAGAAAUCGUUUGCAAAGGUCAAAUUGUUCAGAGACAAGGGUGCUGAACGCAAAAACAAAGAUGAUCAAAAACAUCUCGAAAAGAUGGUUGAGAAGAUGAGAGGUAAAUCACAAGAACCCACGUCGCCAAUGAUCAUGAUGUACGCACCACCUAAUCCUGUGACCGUAUUUACUGAGAUCACGGGUAAUAACGAUGCCUCUGACGACGAAGAAGUUCAGAGCCUUUCAGAGACCUUGAACAAUCUUGAUCCCGACGUAGAAGGUGGUGAAUUGAUGACCCUUCAGUUGGGCAAGCGCAGGAGAUUUUCGAUGGGUCCCGAAUUUUUGGAACCUCUAGAUUGUGAUCCCACAUAUAUUCCGCACUUACGGAAGCGUCGCGAAUCUGCUUAUCGCGCCGUCUAUCUCAACCAUUUCACUGUCCAAGACCUCAUAUCCAAACUCACUGAUAAGCUCUCUGAAAAGCUUGAUUUUCAAGGACAAACCAUUACCAAUGUCAUGAGAUCCACCAAAAAGGGUAUAAGCGUUCGCUUUGACGAUGAAUCUGUUCAUCAACUUGAGGACGAGCAAGAUAUGGAAGUUGAAGUUCAUGGCGGACAAGAUGGAACGUUGCAUUUGACAUUGAAAUACUAA